AUGACAUCUUCCUUUUUUGCACUCUCACAAACCCUUGGAGGAAUCACCCACACUAAGAUCAGUGAACUUGAAAAGCAGCGAACUAUUUACGAAUCACGAAAGGAUAAAAUCCUAAAAGAGGCCAAUCAAGAAGUUGAUCGAACUGCAAGAAUCAAGCUUCUCCUAGAGGGAGUUGAGAACCUCAAUGCCGAGGCUUUCAAAAGCCCUGCUGUCAAAAACAUCAAGCACUGGCUCAGUCAGUCAAAAUACGAUGUAUCUGUUCCAAGCGAGUUAAUGCAGGCCCAUGAAGAACUACUCAGGUCGCAUCUAGAAGUCCCAAGUCGGAAACUAGCACUGGGCCACCUCUACGCUCGGCUUAUCACGGAAUGGAUGACUGCCUCUCUUAGCGACCGUCCAGCCUCGGAGGAAGAAUCCUACGAGGUUUUGGAUCGGCAGAAGGAGAGACUGCAGGAGUUGUGCGACAAGUUUGAGCGUGUGGUCUUUGAACCGCUGGAGACUGAUGAAGUUGAGAUUGACCUCUACCUUAAUGAGUUGUUUCAAGGUGAACAGAGUGAAGAGGGUGCCAAGUCGCUCAAGGCUCUGAGAGAGACAAUCGGCGACUCUUGUGAUGAAAUCUUUGGCGAAAAAGCGCCUUUUGAUUCUACGACACUUACGUGGUGUAUCAAUGGGCUACUCGCUGAGGAUUUACUCAGCGACCAGAAACAGGCCAUUCUUCGGGACUUUCUUGAAAAACCGGUUGUCUUGGGAGAGAUCGCUGAUGUACUCAAUAUGCGCUUCUCCAAUAUCGACAGCUGGGAAUGGGAUGCUGGUGAGAAAGGCAUUCCCGUUCUUCCUCGUCAGCAGCUGAAUGGUAAAUACAGAAUCUGGAUGGACGAGGAUGUCUUGCAAGCAAUUCUAAUCCACUACAUCGGGAUCAAGUGUUGCGUUGCUCUGAAACAGGCUCUCCACAGCUUUAUUUGGGAGAAUAACUUCUGGAGAUGGAACACCGGGUCAGAUCCAAGCCUCGACGAGAAGCAGCGCCGCAUGUAUUACUUGGCCGCCGGAGCUACUACUGCCUCAAAUCUCGCGAACGAGAGAAGAAGACAGUACGUAAAUGAGUUUUUCAUGUCACAGCUGCCGGAGGAUGUUGAGACGAUUGGGGCUGGUGGCUAUACCGAUCCCACAGAGGAGCAAGACACCUCCCAGAAACCCAACAUUAAGCAGAGCAUACUGCGAACACUCGCUACAGAGGCAACCGUGCAAAAAACUUUGAAGGGUGAAGUGUCGCUGAUACAGACCGAUCUCGAGUGGUUCGCCACGGGCUUGUCGCAUACAACUAUCUUUGCUACCAUGCGAUUCUUUGGAUAUACUGAAGCCGCCAUUUCGUUCUUCAAGAAGGUUCUCCAGGCGCCUCUCAACGUGCAGUCCUCCCCAGAUUCGCCGUUGACAGGUAGUCCAAGAGUGCGUCGUCGUGGAGUCCCGAUGGCUCACGCGCCAGAGAAACUUCUUGGCGAGCUUGUUCUCUUCGUCAUGGAUGUUGUGGUCAAUCAGCAGGACGGCAUGCUAUUGUACCGACUGCAUGACGACCUAUGGCUAUGUGGUGAACCAAUACACUGCAAGCGGGCUUGGGCUGCUAUGAACAAGUAUGCCAAAAUCCUCGGCCUCACCUUCAACAGGGGGAAAACUGGGUCUGUGUACAUAACCGAGGGAGAAAAAGAGCGAGAUGCCGAUGUUACCAGCGCUUUGCCUGAGGGCCCAGUCCGAGUUGGGCAUUUAUCUCUCGAUCCCAAGUCUGGGAUCUGGGAGAUCGACCGUGCGGAGGUAGAGGGGCAUAUGAAGCAGCUGAAGAAGCAAUUAGACGGAUGCAUAAGUGUGCUGGAAUGGGUGCAGACGUGGAACAGCUGCAUGGGACGGUUUUUCAGUCAUACCUUUGGUGAACCAGCACACUGCUUUGGUCUGCAUCAUGUUGAGAGCAUCCUCGAGACUUACCAGAUGAUGCAGAAGUUCUUAUUCCCCGUGGCGUCAGAUUCAUCACAGAGCAGUCAUGGAGCUGUGAGUCACAUCAAGCAUAUGAUAAAGGAUCGCUUUGGGGUAGAUGUACCUGAUGCGUUCGUCCAUUUGCCUGAACGCUUGGGAGGACUUGGUCUACGGAAUCCCUUCCUGCCUAUUCUGAUGAUUCGGGAAAGCAUUGCAAAGAAGUCUCCGACAUCAAUUAUCCAGCAAUUCUUUGAUACGGAAAAAGAUACAUAUAAGCGAUACAAGAAGGACUUCGACGCUCUGGCAAGCGUCGACAGCCGUAUAAAUGAAGCCGUAAAGGCCGCAGGAAGUAUGAGUUCUGAUACGUUCAAGAACCUGCUUUCGACUGAGGAGCUCGAAAGCUUUUUCAGCUUCGAAGAAUACGCAAAACACAGGGAUUUGACGAGUAGUGCCUUGUUGGAGGCUUACGUGGCGCUGAGGACUGUACCACGCGACAUUAGCCCAGCCUUGGACUCCGAUGUUUCGCGGACCCUGAAGCACGAGCUAGGCGUCAAUCUGAACAAUUCAGGUAGUAAGACGAAAGAGGUUCGGUGGGCGUUGCAGAUGUAUCGGGAUGUGUUGCGUCGUGACUAUGGAGGUUUGCGUCUUGUGGACAAGGAACACCUGCCGCUGGGUGUGUUGACAUUGCUACGGAGUAGAGCAGUAACGUGGACCAUGGUUCUGUAGUGAAGAUUUUCAGUAACUAAAGCUCAAUAUUAGAGUCUCGAGAUGGAUG